UGUUGGACAAUACACACGUCACACACACACUUGCAUCCUGUGUCGCUGUCUUUCUCUCCCAAACGUGUUGAUACUUUUUCAAAUGUCAUCCCCCACCCACCCUUGUCUCUCCCAGUGUACUGCUGCUGUUGCCUGGCAAACAUCUCCAUCCCCGGGAUCGGCGUGGCUGUGCCUGAGUUCCGGCCCUUCUUCUACGUUAACGUGGCCGAUAUCAGCGCCCUGGAGAACGAGCUCUCCUACGUAGCGUGUACUACUGAGAAGAUCUUUGAGGAGAAGAAGGAUCUGUAUGACGUGUAUGUAGACAAUCAGAAUGUAAAGACCUACAGGGAUGGUUUGAAGCCUCUGCUCCGCCUCAGCACCGCAGACAGGGAGAAAUAUCGCAAACUCACUGAACAGAGGCAGAUGUUGCUGUACUCCCAGGAGGAGAAUGGAGACUGUGUGUCCAGUGAAGAGGAUCUAUUUAUUCUGUUUUUCCUGGAGCAGAACAACAGGAUUUUCCAGACCCUCAGCGAGGUGGCAGCGAGCCCCGAUCCCACGCUGACCCAUGAGAGUGUGAGGGCCAUGGGUCUGGAUCCCCAUGGAGACAGGCUCUUUCUGCUCCACCUGCUGGAGAUCUACGGCUACGACACCCUGCUGGUGUCCGAGCAGCUGUGCUGCAGUUGAGAGAUUGUGGACGGCUGGCUUCAUGCCUUUCAUCACUGCUGGUUUAAAAAAGGAGGUAGAUUUACCUCGAGAGAAUGUUGAGUGCUGCACUACUGGCUUCUUGGAGUCUUACAGAGUGUUCCUUUUUUGUCGUAUAUCCCCCCGUGCUUAUUUUGUUCACCCCGGUUCUGCUCCCUCACAGCCUUAUGGCAGGAGCAACAAGAAGUAAACUCAUUUAUUAUAACAAGAAAUGUGGUCAGUUCUCUUUGAUACAGCAUCAUGCAGAUGGAUUACUCCCCCUUGGCUGAUUAAAAUUGAUUCUCUGGAUUGGAUACAGCUGCAGUAUUUCAACACUGAUGUGCGUUUGAAUGCUAUGGAUGGCAAAACCCAAAAGGAGAUCAAUAAAAGUGGCCUGGACUGCACUCAACAUCAAGUAGAGGGAAAGCAAGAGACGUCCCUCAAGAUUUCUGAUCCUGUGAUUUGGAGAAUUUCUGUGGACAAAACUGAGGAAUGAUGUACAAAGGUGAAGACGAGCGGUAGCCGUCCUGUAAAUAAUCCAGUUUGUCCCCUUUAUGUAUAGUGUGUCAGAUGAUGUGUGAUAUGGGUCUGCCUCUCUGCCAAUGUUGCUUUCCUUGUAUCAAGUGCUGGAUUUAAACAUCUCAUUUUUUAAGCCUCCAUGUUGAAAUCAGGGCGUCCUUUCCUGAAACGUAUGUCACUACAAGCAGGUCAAACAACUUUUGUCUUUAAGAGCCAUGUCUGUAAGCACAGUGGUUUCACUCGACCAUAACCAGCUUGCCAUUUAACCUUAAGACAAAUCGUUUUUGCCCCGAGCUAAGACCAAAUCAGAUUUUCUAAUGAUGUCCAAAAGGUAAGGUUGAUUGAUUGUGUUGAGGUGAUUUGAAAUCUUAUUUGCACCGACACUGUUCAAAUAUGCCUAGUUGUGUUUUUCAGCUUGAGAAUCAAGUUAUUGACAGCCCUUCAAGGGGUGAGUUGAAAACGAGGCCCUGAGAUAAUUUCUGUCUGCAGAUAAGAUUAUAGAAAAUCAGUUUAAACACAAUACUAUAACUAAAGCUUUUCACAUUUUGAAGCACACUUAGCAUGCUGUUGACAUGGUCAACAGAGAGGAAGUUAUCUUGUGUUGUGGAUUGCUGUGAAAACAAUAUGGUGCUUGGCUGUUUAUCAGUAGUGAGAACCUUAAAGCUGCAUUAAUCAAAAUGACAAUGGAGGAAAUUUAAAUAAUGAAUACACCACUCCAACAUGAUCUCUGGCUUAAGGUUUUUAAUGGCUAAUGUAUACGCAAUAAUCAGACAUUAGCAUUCACAUGGAGUCCUGUUUCUUUUAGCUCUACUUUGGGCUUCACCAACUUCUGAGAAAAUUAGCUUUUAGCUGCUAGUUGUUCCACUGUCCUUACUAGCUAGCUCUAGCUGCCAACUGUCUCCUGUUGAGCGCUAUAUAGGUAGAAUACAAUAGCUUUGUGGGACAGUUUUGCUGAAAACAAGUCUGUUGAUGGUGGAAACAUAAAACAUGUUCAUUAAAACUAUUACUAGUUAAACUUCAUAAAGCUUCAGGGAUUAGCUAGCUUGCAUUCCUAGCAAGUUUGUGAGCUACAUCACAUGUACUUAUUUGGGUCUGUUGUAAUCAAUCCUGAUUAAUGCAGCUUCAAGCAGUUUUUCCCUUUGAAGGGAUAUACGAUAUCAGCUUGCAUACCUCCAUUGAUCAGGUAUCGCUUUGAAAUGUGAUGGAACAGCAAUGUUCUCAUAAAUCAAUUUUUGGGGAGAAUAUCCUAAUCAGCAUGACGUUAAUGCAACGUGAAAACACAUGCGUCAAGAUAAAUUCUAUUGACAUGACAAAAAAGUCAAUUAUAUUGUUCAAAAAUUGACAAACACAUCUGUACAAAAAAA